AUGGCGUGUUCUUUUUUGAUUUUAUACCUGCUGCUGUCGCUGACCAGUGGGGAGACGGAUUGGCCACAUCAAUCAUUUUGGACAGGAAAUUGGCAGCCCCCCCACUUGUCGCUCAGCGAGACUGGUGAAACGGACACCGGAUACAUAUUUAUAGGCGUUCGAAAGUCCAACAAGGCUGGCAACGCUCCAACGAUCUUUGACAACCAUGGGGACUUGGUGUGGCACGGCCCACAGCGGGAGAACCUGGAUUUUAAAAUGCAAAAGCUCUUCGGCCAGGAUGUGAUCACGUACUGGGAUGCAGAGCCAGAUGUACGAGUGUUGGGAUAUGGAGCAACGCAUAUCCUCGACAGCACAUAUAAGGAGAUCUACACAGUCACUCUGCGCGAUGAUUUUCGCACCCCAAGUGGGAAAGACUUUGACUCUUUUAUCGAUGGCCACGAGCACUACAUUACGCCUCAGAAUACCAUGCUGGUCUCGGCUCUCAAUUUCACCCAAACGGAUACUAGCCAUCUUAGAAGGGGUACUGUCAACAUGUGGGUUUUGGACUCUCUCUUCUACGAAAUCGACAUAAAAACAAACAAAGUUUUGUUCAAAUGGGAUGCACUCAGCCAUAUUCCAAUUUCCAACUCCAGCAUUGCCGUAAAAGGUGGGAAAGAGUUGCAUGAGGCCUGGGACGCUUACCAUAUAAACUCAGUUACUUCCGCUAAAUAUGGAUAUCUGGUCAACUUCCGGCAUAUCCGCUCUAUUUUCUAUAUUAACAAGGAUGGUUCUGUCCGCUGGCAACUUUCGGGUGACAACAACAAUCACGGCGACUUCGAGAGUAAAAAUGUUACCUUUGCAUGGCAACAUGACGUCCGUAUACACAACGAAACCGACGAAAGUCUGGCCCUCACUCUCUACAACAAUGCUGCCAUGGACAAUGAGGACCCUGGUCCAUCAACAGGACUAGCCAUCCACGUUGACCUCGUCAACAAGAAGGCAUGGAUAAUUUACGAGCUGACAGAUCCAACUGACCAUAUUGUGAGCGCAACGCAAGGAAGCUUCCAGGUCCUUUCAAGCCUAAGACCAGCACACAUGCUGGUGGGCUGCGGAUCGAUACCCAAACUGAAGGAAUAUGACGGAGACGGCAACGUAGUUCUCCGAGGGCAGUUUGGCAAGGAUACAUUUUCGGCUAAUGCCUACCGCAUAUUCAAAUUUCCCUGGAGCGCUACUCCACACUGGGAUCCUGCUGUCUUUGUCAAUCACACAACUUCGUAUACAAUCGAUCUCUACAUGAGCUGGAACGGUGCCACGGGCUAUAACAAUUGGGCGAUUUUCUCGAUCCCAUCUCGGACCUCAACAUUGCUAGAGGGCAGGCUUUUGCUGGUCCAUGAGCGAACUGGCUUUGAAACUCACGUUCCUCUUGAGAAUAUUGACGCCCGCUUUAUCAUUGCUGUUGCGAGAGACGGGGAGAGAAUCUUGGGACAGUCAUCCAUCGUAGAACUGGGUCAGAUAAAUUCUGUUUGUCCUGUCAUCCCAUGA